UCAAGACUCACCUUCAUUCAACUUUAGUACGACUAUCAAACAAUCUUUUCAUUAUUCGAUCGAGUGUUAAGAAAACUAUAAAUACUACACGUUGUUCCUAACUUAAAUCCGCUUACAUUACACUUCCUGAAAUUCGUUGUUCAAAAUCUUGAAAUUCCUUCAUAUCAUCUUCUUCUUCUUCUCUGAUCACUCGAUCAAACCCUUGUUCAAAAUCCAACAUUUCGUUGAAAAGACUGUUAAACAAAACAAACCCAUAAACGUUCUUCAAAACCCUCCAUGGAUUCUCCCGAUUCUAACCCUCCAUUUCACUUUCAACCGGCCAGUAGUUCUCCAAGAAACAACAACAACCAACUACCACCACGUAAACGCUACAAAGAUGACAACGACGACGACAUUACUCCACCACCAAAACGCCAACAAUUUGCAGUCCCAAAAGAUGUUGUGGAGGGUUCAGCCAGUAGAACAAUAACCACAUGGAGAAAGUUACAUGAGAUCAAUCUGUUGAAGGGCAUUCUUGAAUAUUAUAAGCAAAAUGGGACGUACCCGUUUGAUGAUAUGACUCACAUGCAAAGGUUUUACAAGGAUUGGAUCGAAAACCGGGAGUAUGUAGAUGAAGAUGUGUUUACUAGUAAAAUGGUUGAGUUGCCGGAAAGAUUCUUUAAGGAUCAGGAUAAGACGUUGGUUUUGGGGAAGAAUGUGAAGGCUUGGAUGCCUCGUGUUGAUGUUAGGAUUUAUGAGUUGUCACAUAUGAUUUGGGGAGGUGAAGAUGAUGAUGGUGGUGAUGGUGAUGAUGGUGGUGUUUGUGUUGAUCCAAAAGUUGAUGAUCAAAAGUUGAAAGAAGGUGGAUCUUGAAGAUGCAUGUAUGAUCUUUCUGUUAGGGUUUUAGUCUGCAGGGGUUUGUUUCAAAAGUGAUCGUGGCGACAGUUGUACACAUGUGGUGCUUACGACAUUGAUGGAAGCGGUUGUUGUAACUACAAUAGGCGGUGGUACUAGUAGUAAGAGACGGGAGAUUUCAAUUUCUUUGAUUCGUUUAAUUUUUUAAUAAUUCGAAAUCAUGAAAAAUUUUCAAAUUACUUUUAAUAAUUUGAAAU